AUGCAACUUCUCGUCACAUUCCUCUGUUUAAUCAUAGAUUUCUUGGCCUUCAAUUUCAUCGCUCUUCCCGCAAUUACACUGAUCGCCAUCGUGAUUUCUCUUCUUCUCAUCUACGAACCGUUGGAGCUCCUCACUCAAUUGCUGGUUCUGUUUCUUUGCAUUGAGGUGUUCUAUUUUGGCCUAAUUUGGCAAAUCUCGAGCGUUGUCUCUGUUUUCGAAGCGGAUUCGUAUGGAUUUGAGGCGAUAGCUAGAAGUAAGGAAGUGAUGAAGGGGAAAAUGAUGAUGGCUUCGAUUCUUCUGAUUCUGAUUUGCUUCCCCUUCGGAGUGAUUGUGUUUGUGUUAAGUUAUGGGGUUGCUGAAUCCGCGUUGGUGAGAGUGGGAAUUUUGGGGAAUGUUUGGAUUUAUUCGUUUAUGAUGUUCUUGUUGAGUGGUACAGUGUUGUAUUUGGUUUGCAAAUUGUUUAACGGCCAGAGCAUCGACGAAUCGGCUCUUUCCAAUCACCUUCAAGGAUAUUUUCAGAUCAACUUUGAAUCGCUCAAGGUUGAAGACGAUAAUAACAUUGAAACAUCGCUUGUAGUCUAA